AUUGGCUGUCGGUUGCUAUGGAAAAUGUCCACAGCAACAGCCCUUCUGGGGUGGGGACUAGCGCUGUCAGUCACCGUGAUGACGAACACCCAAACCAACCAAUCCGCGAUCGAGAAAUAAGUAGGCGGCCAAUCAGAAUGCAGCAAAAAAGAGAGCUUGUAGUUAGAUCGAGAGCGCAGAGAGCAGCAAGUAGCAGAGGCUCUGAGAGACAGCGGCGAGACAGACUGAUGAACCAUCAUGAGGAUCCAGCCACUCUUCUAACAUGGACAAGUACGAGAAGGUGAAGAAAAUAGGGGAAGGGUCAUUUGGAAGGGCUGUCCUCGUCAAAUCCAAAGAGGAUGGACACCAGUAUGUCAUCAAGGAGAUUGGCAUAUCUGGAAUGUCAAGUAAAGAGAGGCAGGAAUCUCGGAAAGAAGUUGCAGUCCUUGCCAACAUGAGUCAUCCCAACAUCGUGCAGUAUAAGGAGUCUUUUGAAGAGGGGGGCUGUCUGUAUAUUGUGAUGGACUACUGUGAGGGUGGAGACCUCUUCAAGAAGAUCAACUCUCAAAAAGGAGUACUGUUCACAGAAGAGCAGAUCUCAAAUUGGUUUGUGCAGAUUUGUCUGGCUCUGAAGCACGUGCAUGAUCGCAAAAUCCUCCACAGGGACAUCAAAUCACAGAACAUAUUUUUAACAAAAGAUGGGACUGUGCAGCUUGGAGAUUUUGGAAUUGCAAGGGUCCUCAACAGCACUGUGGAGCUGGCAAGAACAUGCAUAGGAACACCUUAUUACCUUUCACCAGAGAUCUGUGAAAAUAAACCAUACAACAACAAAAGUGAUAUUUGGGCCCUAGGGUGUGUCCUGUAUGAAAUGUGCACUCUUAAGCAUGCAUUUGAGGCUGGCAACAUGAAGAAUUUAGUCCUGAAGAUCAUCCGUGGCUCAUACCCACCCGUAUCUGUGCACUACUCGCAAGAACUGCGCUCUCUCUUGGGGCAGCUGUUUAAACGCAACCCUCGAGAGAGGCCGUCAGUCAGCAGCAUCUUGGACAAACCUUUCCUGAUCUGCAGGAUUGAGAAGUUCCUCACACCACAGAUCAUUGCUCAGGAAUUCCAUCAUAACUUUCUUCACAAGCAGCCUAAAGUGGGUGCAGUGCAGGGGCCACCAGCCAAGCGUUCUGCCCCUGGCUCCAUACCACUCACCCCAGCCCAGAAGAUCACCAAACCAGCCAGCAAAUACGGAGUGCCUUUAACUGUGAGGAAGGUGCCAGAUGCAGCCAAAAAGCUGGCGGAGAGGAAACCGGCUGUGAAGCACAAACCGGCCCCCCUCCCAGCAGCCCCCCAGAGAAGAGUGAGUCAAGUGGAGGAAGAGAGGAAAAAACACGAGGAGGGCAUGAGAAAGAAAAGGAUGGAGCUGAUAGAGAAAGAGAGGAAACAGAGGGAGCAGAUGUUCCUGUUAAAAGCAGAGCAGAUGAAAAGAUUUGAAAAGGACAAGAUCAAUCGUAUAAACCAGGCCAGAGAACAGGGCUGGAAGCAUGUAUUGAGCUCUAGUGGAGGCAGCAGCCCAGAGAGGAAGUGUUUUGUUGGUGGGGGAAAGAGAGGCGUCCCGAGCUCUGUUCAGGGACCAGUCCCCAGUAAAAGCCCUUAUGAACACUACCACACCGCUCUGGACCACAUGUCAAAACCACAGUCUAAAGCAGUCAGCAGAGAGGGAUCCUCGGCAGGACCAGGCAGUCCCAGUCGUGGUGUACCUCCUGCUGCUGGCCCAGUGCUGCCCAACGGCCCGUCCAGACCAUUAAACCCUGACGCAAUCAAGAGGGAACUACAGAGGCUGCAGCACGUUUCCAAACAAGCCCACAUAAGCAGGCAGAGGAUACAGAUGGCUCCUGAACGGGCCUAUCAGGUGGAGGAGUUCUUACAGCGGAAGAGAGAAGCAAUGCUCAACAAAGUCCGUGCUGAAGGACAGCUGGAGUACUUGUCGAGGCUGAGGCAGAUCCGUUUGCAGAACUUCAAUGAGCGACAGCAGAUCAAAGCCCGGCUCAGAGGAGAGAAGUACGAUAGUGACGGUUCUGACAGCCAGGAGUCCAGCGAGGAGGCAGAGCUCAGGAGGAAGAAGAUAGAGGCCUUAAAAGCCCAAGCUAACGCCCGUGCUGCCGUGCUCAAAGAGCAGCUGGAGAAGAAGAGAAGAGAAGCGUAUGAGAGGGAAAAGAAAGUGUGGGAGGAACACCUCGCAGCUCGGGGGUUGAAGGUUGGCAUGGCAGCAGGGAGCGUAGCGAUGGCAGCAGAAACAGGAUCAUCUACCUCUGAGAAAGCUCUCCCACAGCCCGCUCCCUCUCAGCCAGAUCCUCCUCCCAAAGCUCCGGUCCUGCCUGAAACUAAACCCUCCACCCCGGCUAUAUCUAUGACUGCUGCCCUGAAGAAUGUCGGAGCAAUGUCUCCUCUAAAGGAAAACCUGCCUGAGAAAGAGCCUGCGUCUGCCAUGCAGAGUGAGAAAAAGCAGAUCCUGCGCAGAUUAAACCAGAACCUAAAAACCCAGAGCCCAGUGGAGGAGGUGGAGGAGAAGGAGACACCUCCACAGCCUGCAGAUCCAAGUCCUGCUCCUCAGCAGAACCAGCCGGACACAGAGAAACGCCCAUCCUCAAAGGAAGACCGGAAGAAGUGGGAUGCAGCAGAACUGCCUGUCAUUGCUGUUGCUCAGCAGACUAUGGAAACCUGCAUCACAACCAGCACCUUCUCAGUGUCUCCAGAUGAUAGACCCUCUUCUGCUGGAGACAGGAAGAAGUGGGAGGCAGGAGUUCCACUCGUCCUCUCUGUAGCCCGACAAACUCUAGAGGAGACGUGCAUCCCGACCAUCGAGCAAACAGCCGGCGAGGUCAUACAGAUGGGCGUGCUGCAUGAAGACGCUGCUCGGAAGAUGUGGGGGGCGAGUCCGGACUCUCAGGUGCUGCGAGUGCUUCAGGAGGCCGAGCUGCAGCCGCUCACUCAGCCGCUGAACGUCACUGUUUCUGAAGCAGAGUUUUCAAACACAGAUAAGCCCAUCCAGAAAGCAGCAGCUGAGAUUGUGGAGAAGCCUAAAGAAGCGUUGCCCUCUAAUCCAGCCACGUCUGCUGUGGCUGUGGGCCCGGACGCUCAGAAGCAGAGUUCAGUCACCGCAGAGGCCUCGCAUCAGGGAGUGAUUGUGGCCCAGAGAGUGACACUGCCACCUGUCCUCACUGAGACUCAGGAUCCAGCAGAUUUGGAGUCUCUGGUUUUGGAAGAGAUGCCUAAACAGGCCGUGCCUCCACCAGCUGGUGUGCAGCAGGCCUGGGAGAAGGAAGCCCGGCAGCCAGUGCCAGCAGAGGGCGUCACAGGACCAGCAGGCACUAAGGAGGCUGAGAGGAGUGCAGAUAGACCAACAGAAUCCUCCGGUCCAGCGCAGAGCGAGGAGCCCCUGUUUACAAAGUUGUGUUCCCCGGCCCACCGCCGCACCGCCGCCCUGGCGAUGCUCUCAGCUCAGUCCUCCCUGGAUGAAUCAUCCUCCUCUCUGGCCUCUCGCUCACGCUCCGUCUCACCCCUGCGCUCCAAACACCACGACGCCCUCCUCAUCGGCCUCUCCACGGGCAUGUUCGACGCCAACAACCCCAAGAUGCUGAGGACCUGCUCUCUGCCAGACCUCAGCCGUCUCUUCAGCCCCCGGCAGGACUCUGCAGCGACCAGUGAUGCUAACGCGGCCCCUGAUAACAACCUGGAGAUCGAGGACCUGGAGGAGGCUGCCAAAGAUGACGAACAGUCAGAGACGGAAGAUGCAUAUGAGGAUGAAGACCUGCGGGACAUCCGGGCCUCCAUGGAGAGGCUGCUGCAGGAAGAAGGAGACCUGAUGAGGAGCUCUGCGGAGGUCGGUGCAGGAGACUUUAAUGGAAACCCUCCAGAGAGCGAAGACCUCUUCAACAGGAUCGCAGCUGAGAUCAACCAGGACAACAACCAGAUGGCUGUGGACGAUGAUGACGACGAUGAUGAGGAGGAGGAGGAGGAGGAUGAGGGGGAUGAAGGCGAGGAGGACGAGGAGGAUGAGGAUGAGGAAUGCUCCAAUGGGAGUCCUGGAGAUGAAGAAGGAGGGAAUCUGCUUUCUAACGGCGUGGGGGAGAACCACAGUAACCACAGCCAGCUCAAUGAGGAGUGGCACUCAGAUGGCAGCGGAGAGGACCAAGGCAUCGAGGCAGUGCAUCACGACAGCAUCUUCAGCCGUCUGGAGGAGCUCCGCUUUAACCUGGAGCAGCAGAUGGGCUUCGAGAGGUUCAUUGAGGCUUACAAUAAGAUAAAGGCCAUACACGAGGAUGAAGACGAGAAUAUCGACCUGGGCUCCAGUUUGGUCUUCAGCAUUUUGGGAACGGAGCAUCAGCAUCUGUAUCCCAACAUCCUUCAUCUCGUGAUGGCAGACGGAGCUUAUCAAGAAGACAAUGAUGAGUAAUGUUCUCCUGCAUCACAUUGCGGCUGCUGGUUGCUUCGACAAUCCGCUGGCUAUCUGACGUCUUCCCGUGACGCUCAUCAUCGGCAGAAGGAUCUAUGCAUGAAGAGAGGCAGCCGUGCAUCUGACAGUGUUUCAGGCACACUUGCAUGAUGAAGAAGAAGAAGAAGAAGAAGACUCCAGGCUGCGUUUCUUACUUUCCACUGUUGUCACCUGACACUCUGUUUCUCACCAGUGUUCCUUCAGAAGUGCUUUAUCAUACUCAUGUUCUUAUUAACCAAAGUCUACUUCAGUUUCCUGUCACAUGUUCAUGUUUCUGUCACUGAAUGUUGAUUCGUAGCGUAGAGCUGGUUGUGUUUUUAUUUGUCGCUGGUUUUUGUUUUUCCUUUAGCGGGCAAAGAUCUGGUCCUCUCAGGUGCUCUCUUUCUAACUCUCACCUACCCGCCUGUAAAGCUUUUAAAACCAGGUCACUCUAAACAGACACACCAUGAUUUACUCAGAACCAGUCCAACCUCCUUUUCUUACCGCUCUUUUCACCAAACCAGAAGAUGAAAUACUUAUUUUCAGAUUUCUUACUAUGUCAGUUAACCCAGAUUAAACAAUCUGAGAAAGCACUUUGUCACCAGGGUACUGUAGCAAGACCGGGACCAGCGUCACAGCGGUCAGUGGGAGAGAGAGAUGAUGAUGUAAGCAAUGAAGCAAUGGUUCAGAUGUUAACGAUGAUUCAUAUUUGUUUGUUAAAUAAAUAUUGUAAAUCUUUUUAUGAUUAAACACUUUUUUUAAAAAUCUAA